CUGACAAGUUCCAUCGAUAAACUGCCAAGCUGCCAGCACCACCGGAAUGACAUGAGUGAGCCCGAACAGUUUCUCUGACUUUCUACUGCCUUCUUUUCCUCCAUUUUUAAACCGAUAUCGGCUCAACGAAAGGCAGAAUUUGUUUGUUAAACUGCGACUUUGGAGUUUUGGAGUUUAAAAGUUGCCCAGUUUCGCUAGCAACGGCCCGCCGCGCCGGCUCCUGGAGCCGCUGUGUGAGGCAGCAACAUGUCGGAGGAGGUCAGCUUACGGGACCUGCUGAGCCUGUCCAUCGGCACCCCGGAGGCGGGGGCUGUGAACUUCAGCGCCCUGCACACCUUGCUGCUCGCCAUGCUGGAGCAGCUGGGCCUCCGGGACGUCAAGAUCAGCUGGAGGGAGGCUCCUGAGUGCAAGCCGCACGGCCAGCCCGGGCCCGGGGUGCACCCGGCUCAGCCCUUCGGCCACAUCGAGGAGAAGCUGCGGCAGAUCGAGAGGCACAUCGCCCUGGUGGAGGAGCUGCCCACCGGCACCGAGCUGCUGGAGGGGACCACCUCAUCCAAGAUCCCGGUGAAGGACCUGUGGAGGCUGAUGCAGCUCCGCUCCCGCAUCCAGACCAACGAGGACGGCGUGUCCAGGGCCAUGGCGCUUAUCCAGGAUCUGCUGGAGGAGAUCAAAAGCCUGAAGGAGCUGAGAGGCAGCCUGACGAAACAGCUGGAGCAGCUGGAGAGAAUGCAGGUCAGUGAUCUGGCAGAGCGGGUCAGCGUCGUGGAGAAAUGCUGCCGACGUGUCAACGAACUGGAGGACACCACGAGGUCUCUGGGGGAGAGGGUCCAGCGGUAUCCAGAACCAGACAACCUGCAUCAGUGUGCGGCCUGGGAUGUGUUACAGUCAUAUCUGCUUGGAGACAGAGAAAACCUUCCCAAGGGACUUUUAGCCUCAGAUGCUUCUGAUGAGGCCACAGCUGCUAAAGCCACAGCCCUCAACAGAGUCACCAGAGUCACCCCUGGUCCCUCUCACACCAGCCCCCCCUCCUCCUCCAGCCCUCAAACAUCAGCUCCUGUUAGUCCCACGGUAACAGGAGAGCCAGAGAGACGUUUGGCUCCACAAAGCCCAUCAGCCCCCGCCUUGCCAUCGCUUGCUGACGCCCCGCCGGCCCGUGGAGAAGCCCCCCCAUCAGCCGUGCCUCAGCGCGCUCGCUCUGAUACGAGCCUGAGGAAUGUGGUUUUGCCCCUGUGUCAUGUGCCCAGCGGAAGUGAGCAGUUGGCAGAGUCCCUGGAGGCCCUCAGGGACAUCGGCAAGCUGAAGGAGAGCCACAGCAACCUGGAGGCUCAAGUACGGGCGCUGGAGGCAGGAAAGGCGGACCAGGCCCAGCUGGUGCACCUCAAGAAGCUCAUCACUGACAAGGGUGCAAGAGAUGUGCCUGAUGACCUGAUGGAUCAGCUGACUCAGCACCAAGCUCGGAUCGACAGCCUGAUGAGUGACAGGGAGAAGAAUGUGGGGCUGAUGAACAACAUCCAGAGUGCGAUCCUCCAGCUGCAGGGCGAUUGUGAGAAAAUGCAUGAAACCACCGAGCGGCUGGUGGAAGACACCAGGCAGAAGCAGAGCCACAUCGAGCAACUGUACAAGACGAUGCAGCAGCUGGAGGAGAAGAAGGCUGACAAGCAGCUGGUUGAGAUGGAGAUUGGGAUCAAAGCAGAUAAACGUGCCCUGGAGAGCAAGGUGAGCCGUAUGCAGUUUGACUCCAUGACGGAGCAGCUCAGCGCCAUGUUCCACGAGCUGCUGAGCAAAGUGACGGGCCAGGAGCAGGACUGGCACAAGGUCAUGGACAAACUCUCCACCGAGAUGGAGUGCAAGCUGAACCGGAUCGAGCUGGACUCUGUGAAGAAGCAGCUUGAGGAUCACUGGAAGAACAUCCAGCGGCAGCUACGGGCUCAGCCGGCCCCGGAGCUCAAGGACGCCGCCGGCAUCAGAAGGCAGCUUGUGGCCCGAUUCCACUGCAUCUCCUGUGCCCGCCCCGUCGACAUGCAGACCCCAGGACCGCACAUAAUGACGUUGCCCUCCACCCCGGCACUUCCCGCACACAAGUCCAACAGGCCCUACACUGUUUAUGCCCUGGAGCAGGUCCGGCAGCACUACAGGAGCGAGCGCAUCCCGGUCAUGCCAGACUACAGUUACCCGGCCGUGUCCCGCAGCUGCGGGGGGAGUCACACGCUGACCUCUGCCAACCAGCGAUACAUUCGCCUGCAGCACGUCACAAACUUCAACCCGUCCGAGACGUUGGGACGGCCCCUGUCUGCCUCCCAGCUGACUGAGGAGGCAGAUCUCCUCGGAUCGGACGGGCGUUUUUACAAGGCUGGCCUGAACACCAGAGCAGUCAGUAACUCAGACACGAAGCUGACUAGAAUACCUGCCAAAAAAGGCAUGUACAGGAGCAAAGGCAGGGCCAAGCGCCCCCCGUCUGCUGGCUCUUCUGAGGCUAGAAACAACACGCCCCUUCACCCCGACAGUGCCAAGAGCCAGCGCAGCCGCUCAGUCUGCAGUGACUCCGUGCAGGACUGGCCCGUGUCUACUCCAGGCUCGACGUCCCAGAGCCCAGACACCUCAGCCCGGGCAGACACCAGCAGAGAGCCUCAGCCGGGUGCAGAGCUUCACGACGACCUGGGACAGGAGGAGGGGCCGCUCACCAACCUGUAGGGGGCGACGUGGAGCCCCCUGCAGCAUCCCACCUGUGUCGUUUCUUUUUUUUUUUUUUUUUUUAUUACCUGCUGCAGAGACGAGGUAGCGUGCUCCCCAGUUUGUGAUGUAGCCAAAGUCAGAGUGAAUCUGGGUGGGCGUCAGUGACAUUGGAGGAGGUGUAACACUGAAAUCGUUCAACUCGAAAAAGGGCUUUGAACAGUGUGUGGAGUCCAGCGGUUUGUUUCUAUAACCCUUUAAUACAUUUUUGGAGAUUCAUAUAAACCAAAUUUACACUGGUUAUAUGUGAGAUCCUUGCCUUUUUUAAGUUUGUUGAUUUGCCAGUCGUUGCUGUGCUGUUUCUGUCAGUCAAACAGUGUGGGUGGGACUGUGACAUCUUUCUCCUCAGAUUUUCUCAGUGGAGUUUGAGUAUAUGUAGGUGGCGCUGUUUUCUUUUCUUUUCCCUUCUUUUUUUUUUUUUUUUUUUUUUUUUUUUUUUUUGAGGCCAAAUUUUAUCCACAUCCAACCCUGGUGGUUAUAUGGUUAUAGGUGCAGGACAAAAUGAUGUUGCAAUAAGAAAAGGAAAAGUGUCCGCAAACUACAUGUAUGCUCUCAAAUGCUAUUUAAAUGCAACAUUUUGACCUCGACCAGGAAAGCAAUCACAUGCAAAACAUACCAGCCGUGAGUUACAUGGUGCACAAAUCAUCACAUCAAUGGGGAGGCACAGAUAUAAUUGACAUAAAAUAAUAUCGGUAAUACCUCUCAGGACUUUUCCUUAAACUCAAAUCAGGCUCACAUUUGAUGUUGCUUCUUUGUUGCAUUGUUAUUUCACAUGAAAAUCAGCAGUAUGUCAUGAAGAAAAUACAUAAGAGCUGCUAUAUCUCUAUCCAUAGUCGGCGAAGGAGUUGUCCUGUCUCGUGUUAGCAGUCUGCUGUCCCUUGUGUGUGUGUGUGUGUGUGUGUGUGUGUGUGUGUGUGUGUGUGUGUGUUUCUGUUCUCCCUUUUCCAUCUUCUCUCUCUCUCCUCAACCUAAUGUGACUCUACCUAACCAGCCAGUGACUCGCUCUGCUCAGGCCCUCUGCUCAGUGCCCGGCUGCAACCUGUAACUGGUUUUCCAUCUGCAGUUCACCAAACCUGCCUCCUGACCCCAACUCAUCUGGUCUUCGCUUGCCGGCUAUCUGAGCCUGGAAGUUGACUCACUCCCCCACCUUCGCUGGCUGCCUUCCCCCCACCUGCCAAGAAUCACUCACCCUGUUCAUUUACCAAAUAUAAAUGUAAAGAGUGUUUGAACUUUAACUAACCUCCUGCCUCCUGUGUCUGCAUUUGUGGUGCAUCGGUGGACAGUUGUAGAUUUGUGGCUAAACCAUGUUAAUAGAGGGUGGAAAUGCAAUGC